AUGUCUAAUACUCCACAAAUUAAGUAUAAAGAACAUUGGAAAAAAGUAGAAAUCGAUUUGCACAGACAGAACAAACAAGAAGGAUGGGGAUUCCACAUUAGCGGUGGUAUUGACAAAUAUAAUUUCCCAUUGGAAGCAAUUUCAGUUAGCAAGAUAGAUCAAAAUGGACUCGCACAGAGAGACCAACGAUUAAAAUCAAAUGACAUAAUAUUAAAGGCGAAUAAAAUUAAUUUUACAAAUAUUAAGCAAAAAAAAGCCCUUAAAAUAUUGAGAAAGUCUGGACCCAGUGUUGGAUUGUUAAUAUGUCGUCUUGAACCACGGAUUAUCGAAGACAUCCAACUAGUGCAUAGUGGAAAGCUUGGCAUUACUAUUGUAGGUGGAAUUGGAGAUGAAUAUUUUCCAACCGAUCACGGUAUAUUUAUAGUGGAUAAAGAUAAAACUCAAUUACAAACGAAUCAACAAUUGCAUUUAGGUGAUCGACUAUUAAACAUUUCAUCAGGGGAUAAUAUCCGUGACUUACGAUUCGUGACGCAUGCAGAAGCAAAGCAAAUAAUAGAAUCAGCAUGUGAACAAAGUAAUAGAAUCACAUUACGUGUCGGACGUGCAAGAUAUGUGGAAACUCCAAUAACUCCGCCAGUGGUACAGCCAAACUCUCCUCUUCGAACUGCUUAUAUGGACAAAUUAGCUACAUAUCAAGGUCAACAAGGAACAGAAGCAGUAUUCAAUGGAAAUAGAAGACCAAGAUUGCAACUUGAUUGA